AUGACGAACUCUAACCGUCAGGCCUUAAUUGCGGCCUUUACUUUCGGCUUGGUUGCGCACGCUGGUACUGCUGCCCUCUUUCUUAUCUUCAGCAAACGUGCCUCCAAAAUCAUUCGAGAUGCUCCGAGGCUGGCCCUCGUCGCUUUUCUUAUUUCUUCGGCCCUGUGGGCUCAAAUCGACUUUGCCUCCUUCUUACUUAAUACCGAUUCGAAAUCAGGAUGCCAGGUUAUGGUCACAUUUGCAUCAAUAUUCGAUCAGUUUGCACGAGUAUCUAUCCAACAAGGUCUACUAUGGAUCUUCAGCACGCAUAGUCUGGCGUCUCUUACUGAGAUCGCAAUCAUGCAGGGAUUUCUAGUGUUGCGACUUAUACUCGGAGGGGUCUUUGUCGGAAUCCAACGUCCUCAGAUGGCUGAUGUAUGCCUGACAAUGACAUCUAUCGUGCCGGUUGGAAUCACCGUCUCUGUGGUCGACACUGCCUUUGUGGCCUUCCUCCUGAUGCGAAUCAUCUCUCGUGGAAACUAUUCCGAUACACAGAAGGGGUCCAUCAGCCCUGGCCAGUCGCGAGCGGCUGCACUUAUUGUAUUGGGCUUGGUCAUCUGGACAGGAACUAGUGCUCCCUUGAUGAUGAGCAUUGGAUCUAUGCCCCUGAUUAUCCGAACAACUGUGCCUUCAAUUGGUCUGUUGAUACUAAUUGGGAUUGUCACUUUAUUCCACGACCAAUUGUUUGCCGACAAUUCGAAGCCUGUACGGGGACUGAGUGUACCUGACUUUGAUAACUCACGAGAUUUUCACACUCGACAGAUGACAACUACGAACAUCCAUGGAUCGACUUAUCAUGAUGACUUUACAAGGACAGCACCGAAUGAUUUUACGAGAAGCUCCGACCCCUUGCCACCUCAUCCGGAUUUCAAACAACAACUACCAAUGAUCGCGAUGCCAGCUGCUGGACAAGCAAACGUUGGAAUGGGUGGAGUACCCGUACUAGGUCAACUGUUCCCUCUACCCAAGAACCAGACAGUGGCAGGCUUGCCAGUAACUGAGGACCCCAAACGAUCGAUUUCUCGGGAGACAAUAUCGACCGCCUCGAGAUUUGGAACCAAAUCGCACACAAAUAACUCAUCCUUUGAUUCGACCAUGUCUACUAAAACUUGGGGCAUGAAGUUAGAGGAUAGAGACGCUUCAACUGCUUUGCAGAAUCAGAACCGGAAUGAUUCCACGAGUUUGGCCGAGCCUCAGUAUAGUUCUUCAUCCUCUGAGCCCACUAUGGCCGCCACGACCUCCGCCUUCUUGUCUCCUGGAGCUGAUGAGGUCCGCCGACGAUCUCCUCGACAAUCCCCCCGACACUUGCCAUCGCCAGCUUUGUCUAUCUUUCCGCGCUCUACGCCAGUCAACCCACCAGCACGUACUCCUACAAAGGCAAUGGCAGAUGCUAUCGUCAACUUCUCCCUGCCCGUCGUCGCACAAGUAUCGCAUCCCUAUUAUGAACCGAAACAUCAACCCCCGAAAUCAGCACCAUUGGCGGCUAUACCUAGGAGCAACGCAAGCGAGAUCCUGAGCAAGAGGGAGGAUUCUGCAAGAACGUUAUCAGUGGUUCAUAGACCCCGGCCUAUACCAAGAAAGUCGAGCUCUGAUCGUGCCAUCUUCCCCACGGAAGGAUCCCCCAGCCUCCAGAACCACAAGCGCUCACAAUCGUGCGGUACCAUGCGACUCAAGCAGCCGCUUGAUACUCCGGCAGACAUCAAUUACGAUUUGUCUCGUUUGAACGAGUUUGCUAAUGUUCUGGCGGCAAAUGUCCCAACGCCAAGUAAAACUAGCCGCAGCGCGAGGCGACGAUCACGAUCUAUGGUCAAUCUCCCAAUACUGCCAGUUGACCUCGAGCUGAAGCCAAAGCCCGACGAAGCCAAGCCAAGGAUCGACAACACGGAGGCUCUGGCUGAUAGCUCGAGGACGCCAGCAAGCCUUGUUCCAGUUGAGAAGCUUGCCCAAUCUCCGAAGAGCCCUCGAUCUACGACUAUCCAUCUACCUGAAGAGCCGUUAUCUUCGACAAGUUCAUCUUGGUGGGAUCCGCAAGCAAAGGGGUAUGGACGACGGUCCUCGCCUAUCCUACCGAUUAAGGACCUGAGUGCGCUCACCCCUACAACGAUCCGAGAUGAAGAUUUCACAAUGGAGGCAGAUAUCCGGUCGCCUGCAAAGCAGAUCCACGUGCAAAGGGCCCUGACGGUAACUGUCAUGUCAAGACCUCAUCAACGGAGCGGGCUCGGAGUUGCGGAGACCCCUUUGGCGUUGAGGAACGAGAGUCGCCAGGGACCCUUGUCCUUGACUAUGCACAAGCCAUCCUCCGUCCAAGCCAAUGUCGUCGGCUUUGGAGCGGAGUCGCAACGUGCCGAGGGAUUGCAAGCCACCGCAAAACAACAACAACAGCAUGUCUGGCCAUCGCAAGUGGGGGCAGCCCGUCCGACAUUUUCAGACAGGGGAAAUUCAACAAGACCUCGUCGGAGUAUUCCGCCAACGCCAUUGGUUUUACGUAGAACCGAUGUGUUCACUGAGCCAUCGCCUGUGGAAUCUGAAGACAGUCUUGUGGAAACGACCCAAAAAGAUAUUGAUUAUGCAGUGUUGUUAUCUUAUCAGAUAGCGGAGAAUGACAGACAGGUUCUCUUGACCAAUCUGGAGCAGGAACUGACGGAACAGGAAAGCCAAUGGCACACCAUUCGCCAUACAAUGCUUGUUCGUGAUUCGCUAUCUACUGUGGGAACAUCAUCACCUAGCCGAGAUUCGCGAUAUGGAUAUGGAAGUGCGCGCCUGUCAUUUGCCGCAAGGCUUGCCCAGCGAGGGACAGGACAGUUUGAUGGCGACUACGAUGUCCUGCCGCUUUUCCCCCAUGCUGACCUGAAGUCCAAGACAAAGCUCACAGCUAGUUCGAAUUUCCCCAGGUUCACGGCGCCAUUAGCCACUCCCACCCCUCCAGACACUGAUGAGGAGAGCGAAUACGACGAAGAUCACGAAGCUUUAAUUGGCCAAGAACGAAUUAGUCCUGCCAAGGCGGCUGUGGUGCUGUGGCGCCCCAUAGUUUCCGUGGAAGCGGUUACUAGCAGAGAUGCUGGAUUGUUACUUUGGACCCCAGCUUCCAGACCGACAAGUGAGCUCGUGGUAGAGAAUGGAGAGUUUUCAAGCGCCGACGCAUCCAUGAGACGGCCAGCGAGGAAGGAUGUGACGCCUCUCGUGAUUCAGAGUUCCAGGCUUUGGGAAAGAGUUGAGCCAAAGACCGAAACAGCACAUCACCGUGGGCUAUGGCGGCCAACUUCACAAAUUAAGACUCAAGUGGUGGAAGUCAAAGCCCAGCCAAAGCCACCCCGCAACCCCCCGCGACGGAUCAGACGUGUCACCCUUUUGCCAGAUAUCCUGGAGAGCCCAAAACCACUCCCUGAUAGGCGCGGCACGCUUGGGAUCUUCCAAUUCCCAUGGGGCGAUCGUUCAGACUGUGCGACAGUAAGAGCUGGCCCAUUGGGAUUGGUGACCAUGUCUAGCAGGGUUGUGCAGCCUGAUGUGGCAGGGGGUAUGCAGAUGCAGAUGCAGAACCACGGCUUAGUCUCAGAAUUUGACAUGGACGACUACGAGCAGGAUGAUGGGGACUACUACGACGAUUCUAGCGAAACGUACGACAGCGACGAUGAGGACUACUUCGGGUUUGAGCUCGCUCAGCCUGUGACCCAGGCGACGGAUAAAUGUGUCCAGGCAACCCCGCUGGAAAAAAUACUAGCUUCUCACGAGGACGGAACAGACCCUCGGGCCAUUUCUGGAAUUGACACAGACGCGUGGAUCUCAGAACAUGCCAAGACCUUUGAAAAUGAGGGUGAAGAGCAGUGCGAUAAGGCCAGCGAACAGGCAGCGACUCGAACACAACAUAACGGAGAUGGAGAUUACAGUAUAAAAGCCGACGUUGGCGCUGGAGCAGUGACCCCCACUUCACCACUGGCUGUAACAAUGACGCCAACGCAUACGCCUACGGACAUGGAUCUCCGGAGGGACGUGAGUGAGAAAAAUCUAAUCAGGGUCCGUCGGCAGCCGCAAAUUGGACAGAUUGGGGCCCCUGGUGCAUCAAUAAGCAUGCCCGUGCCGCAGAUGGCUCGCUGCUUAUUGAUGGAUAUGGGUCAAGUUCAGGGUGGCGCACCAAUCAAUGACGACGAUUCCACUCAUGGGACGUCCAUCUUUUCCCCAGUUGCUUCCAAAUCAACCUUGGACCCCUACACCUCCACUGACAAGUCUCGUGGCGCCUCAAGCGCAGGGCACCCGCAGCCCCAAGCACAGCUUCUGUUUCGUUUCUUGGAGGGUUCCAUUUCUAAGCCAGCAGAUGUUGACGUUGACGCUGCCCUCCACCUCGACCUUGAUUGUGACUCUCCGAGCCCGCUCCCGCUAAGUCCGCUCGUCAUUUACAAAUCCGACGCCCCGACAGCCCGACAGCAAACCUUGGUUAUUAACUUGUUGAUUCCGUCCCUCCCUACACCUGCCUCCCACUCUCAGUCUCAGUCUCUUUAUCAACACACAACAACAAAUCAUCAAAUUUCUUCCAUGGCUCUGUGGACUCCUAGCACUCCUGUCUCCCGUCCUAACAAGGGACUUCCUCAACCCGACGACUCUACCUGGAACGCCUAUCUACCUACCGGUGAGGUCGCGCGCCUCGUCCCCGCCAAGGCCGAUUUACCUACGAUUGAAAGCAACUCGCUCUGGGUUGCCUCGUCAAAGAAGGUAGAGCCAACCAACUUUGGACUCUGGGGAACCAAGCAGUCACUGCCGGGCAUGUGGACUCACCCAACCGUUUCCAAGAACAUUUCCUACGGACUCCCCCAGCCUGACGACUCUACCUGGAGCAGCUACCUGCCUACUGGCGAGACCGCACGUCUCCUCCCCGCCAAGGCCGACAUGCCUUCUAUUGAGAGCAACGCACUUUGGACUGCCCCCGUCAAGAAGGUAGAGCACAAAAACUUCGGACUUUGGGGAACCAAGCAACCACUGCCCGGCAUGUGGACUCACUCGCCAAUUUCCACAAAGACUAGCUAUGGACUUCCUCAGCCUGAUGCAGAGACUUGGGCAACCUACCUCAUUGUUGAGGACGAUGCUACCCGAGUAAAGCCUAGAGAGGCCGAGCCUGUAUUCCCAGAUAGCACCUCAUUGUGGACUCCCGCCAAACCCGUUAUUUCCGAGACGCCUUCGGAGGAUGGUCUCUGGAGCGGAUCCAGCUCCGCACCUUCGGUCAGCGGCUCCGAACCAUCCACACCCAGUGAGGCGGUCAAUUUUGGUUUGUGGGAGGCUCCCAUCUCUGUCUUCAAUGACGAAGAGCCGGCCGGUCUGUUUAGUCUCAGCCACCAGCGCACCGACUACCGAACAACGAAAAUGGCGCCCGCUGCUCAGGGUAUGGAACGUGCGCCACGAAGUCCUCUUCAGGCAUUCCCCGACUUCGGAUUUAGCUACCUCUGGAACAUGGCACCUCUUUGGGACUCCAAGGCCAAUGCCGCUGCCAUUAAGCUUGAGCACGAGAUUGAUUCCUUGGUAUUGGAAGGUCUAUUCAGCCUGAAUCAUCGCCGUAACAACUUCCGUACUACGUCCGAGAGCCCCGCAGCGCUCGACACACGGCCCAAGCAGCGCAUCUCGCAGCAAUCUCUGCCGAAGCUCAACUCAGAUAGCCUCUGGUCUGUGCGUGCAUCAAACCAGGAUCUUAGCGAGGUCAACUGGCUCGCGCUCUCCACAGUCCGACCGAGAGCCGCCUCGGUUGCAUCUUCUACUGAUAGCGAAUUUGUACCCGCUCUCACCAGAGCCAAUUCCAUCAACUCCGAGAGGCCACGCCCUGCCGCUACGCCUAUCGAGUGGCUUGCUGCUCUGGAAGAGGCCAUCGAACUGGGAUCUGACAAGACCUUGGACAUGGAGGCUGAUGUCGACAACUACCAGCUCUGGUCCAAGCCUGGCGCUGAUGUUGAUGAGCCUGUUAUUGCCUCCGAUGAGCUGUGGAGGCCUAUGAACACCCGCUUCCUUGAGCUGACACCAACAUUGAGUGAAUUCGAUAAGCAGCAUGCCGAAUCUGGCACAUCCCAACGUGGUCGCACUCAGAAGGCCCGUCCCCCAUUGCCUCUGUAUCCCGGCUCUUCCUCCUCCGCCUUCCUCCCUGGCGCAGGCGACGACACUCCCCGCGACUUUAGUUCGCAGGCGCUCUGGGCUCGCUCACAGUCUCCUGCUCCUGAAGCGUUGGGUGGUCCCUGGAUGGACAAGUCCCGUAGAAAGGGACUGUCAUUCAUGCAGCUGUGGUAA